AUGUCUGUCCCCAACAACGGCCCCAAGCGCUCUCCGAGUCGCUCUGAAAAAGGCAUGCCCGAGUUUAGCCCGAUGACAUGGAAACUGCAGGAUAUUCGGGACGCCAUCCCAUCGCACCUCUUUGUCCGCGACACGCGGAGAGGGUUGGCUUGGCUUGGCCUUGACCUGGUGAUGGCAGCGUGCUGCUGGAAGGCUGCGCUAUACAUUGACCCGACGUUUACGAGUCGCGCCGCGGUCCAGCGUAUGUCUGCGCCUGGUGCCGAGGUCGCUCGGUGGGCGAGUUGGGUGCUAUACUGGUGGUUCCAGGGUCUGAUAUUCACUGGCAUCUGGGUCAUCGGACAUGAAUGCGGACACGGUGCCUUUUCGCCCAGUCAACGUCUGUGCAAUGUCAUCGGCUUUAUAACCCACAGCCUCCUGUGGACCCCGUACUUCAGCUGGAAGAUCUCGCACCACCGGCACCAUUGCAACCAUGCUUCGAUGGAGCGCGAUGAGGUCUACGUGCCGAAGACGCGCAGCGAGCUUGGCAUUCCCGAAGAAGACGGACACACCAAAAUUGACUACGACGAAUACUUGGGAGACACGCCGAUCUACACGCUGUUCACGCUCGUGCGCCAGCAGCUGCUCGCGUUCCCCGCGUACCUCUUGUAUAACGUCUCCGGUCAGAAAAGCUAUCCAAAAUGGACGAACCACUUCGAUCCGAAUUCGGUCCUCUUCACCAAAGAACAGCGGGACGUCGUUCUUGUCUCGAACCUCGGCAUCCUCGCGACAGCGUGGCUCGUCCGCGUCGCAUGCCAGACCUAUGGCGCCGCCGCCGUACUCAAGUUUUACGGCAUCCCCUGGCUCUGCGUCACGCAUUGGUUUAUCAUGAUCACCUACCUGCACCACACGGCGCCGGAGCUGCCGCACUACCGGCAAGGGGAGUGGAACUUCCAGCGUGGGGCGGCUGCGACCGUUGACCGCAACUUCCUCGGCUGGAUGGGCCGCUUCUUUCUGCACGACGUCGCUCACUACCAUGUCGUGCACCACUUCUUCCCCAAAAUGCCUUUCUACCACGGUGCAGAGGCGACGAAGCACCUGCGUGCGUUCAUCGGUGCGCACUACCACUACUCGGAGCAGCCAAUUUUCCGUGCGCUCUGGGACAACUACAACGCCUGCCAGUUCGUGGAAGACACGGGGAGCGUGCUGUUCUAUCGCGACCGGAAGGGCCGGGCGGCGGUCGAGCCGGCGGCACAGUAUCGUACAAACUCAAAUAGCCCCGUCAUGGAGUAA